UCCUCUUGUUCAGAUUAGAAUGCCGCAUGCGUGCGCGCUUGUGUGUUUACGGAAGCGUGCUACUGGAAAGUGUGCGGAUUAUUGAGAAAAUAAAGAAAAGAAAGGAAAUAGGAAAUCGAAGAAAAAAAAAUGCCUUCCGAAAAUAAAUCUCUACCAAUAACGAUUGAGUUUGGAGGUGGAGCCGAAUCGUUGUUCGAUAAGAAGAAAAAACACGAGGUUAACUUACCUGCUGGCGAAUGGAAAUUGAAACGUUUAUUACAUUGGAUAAAAGAUAACCUCUUGAAGGAACGAUUGGAACUAUUUAUGCAAGAGGAUACCGUACGACCAGGAAUUCUUGUUCUUGUAAACGACACUGAUUGGGAAUUAUUGCAUUCUAAUGUUCUCUUGAUUAAUGAUGUUAUUUUAAGAUAAACAUUAACAUCAUUUUAUUUAUUUUCUUUUUUUUUGCUUCAUACAAAGAAACAAAAAAAAAGAAAAGAAUAAAUAGAAUUAACCAUGCGAGAAACAGAUUCGUAUGAAGUUAGUUAGUUUCGCCGCUAGGCGUCUCUGAAGUUUGUUGCAAUGGCUGAUCAUUGAUGUAUAGUAUCGAAGACAACAACUUACAGGAAUCUACACUUAUCAACAUCGCAUUAGAUACUUUCGAACAGAAAGAGGAUCUUAAAAAAAUUUAAUCAACGAAAUAAUAAUCAACAAUUACUUCCAAAAAUAUACUUCAACUGAGAACGUAUUUCCCUAAAAAUAUGAUCUCCUAAAAUAUAUAAGAAUUUAUUUUCCAUUCCAUUUAAUAUUGUAACGGAGUUAACGUAACAUCAAACACAUUCACUGUGGGAGCUUGAAAAGCGUUAGCAACUCUUUCUUCCUCCCUCUCUCUUAUUCUCUUUCUUUUUCUCUCUCUCUUUCUCUCUCUCUCUCUCUCUCUCGAAAAGGGCGCAAAUCAUCUUGGCUCGCCACACCCGCGGGAAAAUUAUCAUUUUAAAUUUGUAAAUGUAUAGUAUAGGCUGUGAGGCGCUAUUAGAGCUCGUAGCUACUUUUAAAGGGAAGAAGGGUAGAGGGAGAACCAAAAAGCAGACGGGAGAAGGAUGAUGGGUUCGGCCAUUAUUAUGAUAAUACCAACGUUUCGCAAAGCUUCUCUCGCACACUUCGACUCCCACGUCUCUUUGUCUCGCUUUCACAUUUCACCCUCUGCUCUCUUUCUAUAUCUAUCUCUUUCUUACAUACACAUACACACACAUAUAUAUAUAUAUACGCAUAUAUAUAUAUAUAUAUAUAUAUAUAUAUAUAUAUAUAUAUACAUCCGUACGCGCUGGAACACACACACGUACAUACAGAGAAAUAUAGCUUGCAAGUUCCUUUGCUUUCCUCUUUUCCUUCCUAAAUGCUGCUUCAUCUCAUAUGCGACGUCCUUCCUUGGAAUACUUUUUCCUUUCUUCCUCGUCAAGAUCAAUUCGUAAAUUUGAAGGGAAACUCUCGUUUGGAUUUCUCGAGUAUUGUAAUAGAUCUCAUUCUUGUCCAGUGACGUUAUAACGAGAAGGAUUCUAUUCCAAAGUGAAAAUGUACAUAUAUACAUAUGUACGUUCCCUUUCAAUUUACGCGAGAUCCUUCGU